GCCCCUCUGAGAAUCGCACAACCAUUGUUCCUUGCACAACCGGCCUGUAGGUAAAUUCAAUAGGAACGUGCAAAUGACAAUUGGGGCUGGGUGGGGACUUUUUACACUUUCCUCAACGGCCAAUGUGCGCAUGUUGGCUGCAUUCCGCGCCGCUCGGCUGCCUGAUCUUCAUUCUUGUUGAUAUCUAGCUAAGGGGAGGUGUUGAGCACAUGCCUCAUUGAUGAUCUAUAUUCCCGGUCACUUUCGAAGCCUAGACUGUCCUUCAUCCGUGAUCUAGGCUAGCUUCGAGACCGAAGUAUCUAUCAUGGGCUAUACACACUAUUACAAGGUCAAAGAUUGGGGCAGCCCAGCGUGGCAAGCCAUUUGGCCUCAGCUGGUUCAAGAUGCUCUGCUCAUCAUAGAAGCAUCGGACAUCUUCCUGACUGGGCCGGCAGAGUCUACUGAUAUCAUCACCUCACCGAUCACGAGCGUAGACGAAGGCAUUGUUUUCAACGGGGUGGGAAUUGACGGUCACGACACUUUUAAUUUUUGCCGUGAAGACCAAAACCAGAGGCAGUUCAUGAAAACAGCAGAAAAGCCAUACGACCUUCCUGUUGCUUGCAUACUUUUGAGGGCUUUCGUCCUAUGCCCACAAGGCAUAAAAGUCUAUUCUGAUGGGAAAUGGGAUGGGCUUCUAUGGAAAGCUAUCCGCAAUCUUCAUGAUACCUUAUGGCCUGAAGACUCUUUACAGUGUCCUUGGCAGGAUUACGACGAAGAUGACUUCUGGGAGGAUGAACAACCACAAGGAAUUAUUGGGAUGCUCGCACAGAGAUCGACACCUAAAUCGGGCGCCACUGGUAUCAAUGAGAAGGAGCAACAGAGCACGCAGCAACAUCUUUCGAAGACUAGGGAGGACAGCAAAUAUUUCCUUGCCUCGAGAGCUGGGUACACGAUUACAACGGCCCAGUUGAAGCCUAUCAAUGGCUGGCUCCGAAACUGCGAGGAAAAUCCUGAUCACAAUCAUUGCAUCGCAAAUCCAUUACGAUGGCAUGAUAUCCCUGGCAUCUGCUUUCGACUCAUUGACAUUCAGAAGAGAAGCAUUGUCGUCGCCCCUGAAGGAUGCUCCUUUGCCAUUCUAACAUACGUCUGGGGUGGUGUCGAACAGCCCAAACUGGAAGAAGCAAACGUUGAUAAAUAUUCGCGCGACUAUGGGCUAAAUUCAAUCUGGGGGAAGAUUCCAACGACAAUAAGAGACGCCAUACUCGUGUGCAAAAUUGUUGGGGAAAGAUAUCUUUGGGUUGACGCGCUCUGUAUAGUCCAGGAUUCUCUCCGCGAUGUAAAGGUUCAAAUAUUACGAAUGCGCGAGAUCUACUCCGCCGCCAGGCUUACCAUUGCAGCAGUCUCGGCAGAGAAUGCCGGAAAGGGGCUACAAGGAGCCACCACGGUAACAUCUUCAACAAUAUGUGACUCUAUCGAUGAGCUGGAUAUUAUCUUGGAGCGUUCGCCUUGGGGAAAUCGGGGUUGGUGUUUCCAAGAGAAAGUACUCUCACACCGGGCUAUUCUCUUCACGUCAGCUGGGGUAUCUCUGCAGUGCCAAGAAACAACGAUCAAGCUGGACGGUACUCGUCUUGCCGACUCCAAGGCAGACACGGCUCUCCAUAGGUCGCAGCGGGUAGGAGGCCUUUUGGGUAUCCUUCCAGGAGAAGAGCUGGAAACCUUCUUGUGUGCUGCAGAGCACUACUCGAAACGGGCUUUCACGAAGAGUGAAGAUAAAAUUUCAGCCUUCCAAGGCGUUCUUCAGAAGUUCAAAGCAAGUCUUGACGGGGAAGAAUCAACGUUUCAUUAUGGCUUGCCAUCAUGCGCCUUUGACCAAGCCAUUUGCUGGCGGACAGCAGAUCAUCGCCCGCAAGUACGGAAUCCAAACUUUCCCAGCUGGUCAUGGCUCGGAUGGGACAACAGUGUCACAUUUGACAGGGCCAUACUGAGAAACGCCCACACGCGCCAAAUGACAGGAGAUGAACGAGGUCAAAUUGUGGUAGUAGGCCGUGGUAUUGAGGUGCGCUAUCCUAGCCAUCGCUAUCGGAAGCCAGCUGCUCUUUCCUGGGUCCCGCAUGCAGAGGAUGGCAUCUUCGGAUUUCCUUCUAGCGUAGUAUCAGGGUUCUUCAACAAGCUCUCUCUCGACUUGGUGGCAAGCAUCACAGAUCUCCGCAUCUCGUCAACGCCCAGGAAGAUUGAGGGCUCAAAUGGUCUUUAUGCUGUAUACUCAGCUAUCUGCAAGGAGCUAUCCCUCUCCCUACUGCCUCCCUACGGAAUAUAUCCAAAUGACACCCAUCCACGGCACGGUGGUCAAACAUUGAGGACCUAUGAUGCCAAUGACCACAAGAAUCACGAAGCCUGUGACGCAAAGGACCCUCUCGGUUUUAUUUGGUUAGAUUGUGCCUGGAGAGAAAGCCGUCCCAAGGCCUUGUACAUGGAGUUCAUGGCCCUUAACGGUCAUCCGGGCGCAGAGGGUUCUGCGGGCUGGCACAUCACUAUGCUGAUGUGCCUCUUGAAGUCUGAUCCCUGCAAGAAGUGCUAUUCCUAUGAACGGCUUCAAGUCAUGGACUGCUGCAUUCCAGAGGCAACUUGGAUGAGGAUUGGAACAAUGACAAAGUUACCCUCUAUCUUUUAAGCAGCGUCAAAACAAACUUUGGGUAGGGCUUUUAGAUAUUAUAGAAGAGCGUAGAGACACCAGGGUAGCAGCAAUGGGUAUAUUGAGCCGAUUGCGGCCGAUUUGAGUUGUGA